AUGAGUCUUGGCCUGGGUGCGGUGGUCGCACGUUUGGUGACCGCUCUCUCCACGUGUGGUCUAUACCAGGGCUACCACUCUGAAAGGCAGCCGCUGUUCUGUCCACCUCUGUCUCGCAUGUCUCUGGAGACGCUGGAGCGCGCUCACGUGUGGCCUCCUGGCUCGGAUCACACCGCUGCAGCGUGCACGAGCGCUGGAGUGCUCUAG